AAGAAAAAGAGUGGCAGGGGGCGGGGCUUCACUGCAGGCAAAAAUCCUCAAAGGCUCAGUCGUUGUUCCCAGUGUAAAAGACAAAUCAGGUCCACUUUCAUGCGUGUAUGUUCCGUGAAAAGGACAGACAAGCUUCACGAAAGUAGCAAACAUGGAAUCAGGCGAAGACCAAAACACAAGCAGCACAAACGGAAACCCUCAGACGAGUGGGAACUCCCGGGCACCCCAGAUUGCCCGCAUGUCUUUGUAUGAGAGACAAGCUGUACAGGCUCUCCAAGCUCUGCAGAGACAGCCUAAUGCAGCCCAGUACUUCCAGCAGCUCAUGCUGCAGCAGCAGAUCAAUACGGCCCAGCUACAAAACUUUGCUGUGCAACAGGCCACACUUGCAGCUAGUCGCCAGUCCAAUACACCAAGUAACAGCAUUUCGCCGGCUCCCACCACUGUUAAUUUAAGCACUACAUCUGCCGGUGGGACUAUGAGCAGUCCUCGUCCACACGGUCCUGCUACGUCUGCAACAACAACAGCUCUCAACCAGUCAGUGCUGUUGGGUGGAAACUCUGCAGGACAGGGACAGAUGUAUCUUAGGGUGAACCGCUCUCUAAGGAAUCCGCUUACCUCUCAGCUCAUCUUCAUGCCUGGCGGGACGACCGCUGCCGUAGCGACGGUAGCUCAGACACAAACACAACUCCAGCAGCAGCAUGACACUGCUUCCACCACUCCAUGUGCCCAGGCUGACAUCGACCAGGUGCAGAACCUGGCUCUACACUGUGCCUCUAACGCCAAAGCCGUCGCUGUAAAGGCUGAAACUGUAGAGAGGAAGGAUGCCGGCAGUUUUCCUCUCGCUCAGCAGCAGCAGCAGACUUUCUCUCAGCAGCAGCAGAUGGCUAAAGCCAGCUUUAAUCAGCCGUCUGCCUCCAGCACUCUGACUGUGAAGACUGGGAACCAGGCUGCCAUGACUGUGGCCCCUGCAGCCUCUGUGGCCCCGUCCUCCUCCUCCUCAUCCCCAGCGCUCCCCCUCUCUCAGCUCCUCCUGGCCCCGUCUUCCCCCGUCAUCCUGGUGCCCACUUCAAAUGUCACUACCUCCACCCAGGGCUACCCAAUCGGUUCUGUGGCCCCGAAGGCCACCAUGAACCCACAGACUCUGGUGGUGCAGCCCCUUCAGCAGGCCAACGCUAACAUGGAAAAGGGUCCCGUCCCGAUACAACCCAAGACGGCUCAGGGACACCGCUUACCCGUUCAGCUAUCGCCUCGGCAGCCGCCUCCCAUACUGCCAGCGCCACCAAGCAACAGUCAGGCUAACGUUGGGGGUCAUAACCCUCCACACAUCCCGGUCCAGCUGGUGGGAGCCAGGCAGGGCUUGGCAGGAAAUGCACAAGCUGUGGCUUUGGCUCAGGCGCGGUGCAACGCGGCUCUGGAGAGUCCAUCUGGUGUGGCGGUUAGCUCAGUCCCCAGCAGUGCUGCCAUGACAAAGCCGUUGGUCGGCUCUCUGAAGAGAAAAUCUGAGAGUGAUGCGCCAAAUGAGAUGUUGGAAGCAUCAGAUUCUGCCCCCAUGAAGGACGCAGCUCCUCCUUUAUCUCCUGCCCCCACAAAGGACUUGGCUCCUGCUGUUGAUGCCACGUUCUCCGCACCUCCGACGUUGUCCUUGCCUCUGCCCUUGUCCAGAGGCGGUCAUGGGGACAAAGUUCCUCAGGCGGUGGUCAAACCUCAAGUCCUCACUCAUCUCAUCGAGGGCUUUGUUAUUCAAGAGGGAGCUGAGCCCUUCCCUGUUGCUGGACUCCUCAAAGACAGAGAUUUUGCUCUGGUUGGCCGCACAGAGAACGGUCCUCCAUUGUUGAAAUGUGAGUACUGUGGAUGCUUUGCUCCUGCCAGCCAGUUCAGGGGAUCAAAGAGGUUCUGUUCAAACACUUGUGCAAAGAGGUAUAAUGUAAGCUGCAGCCAGCACUACAAGUCCAGCAGAGGGAGGAGUGGUGGGGGGCCGCCGCUACCUUCGAACCCCACAGAAAGCUCUGCUAAACGCAGAGGUCCAUCCCGACGGGGGAGUUCAAAUAGCAACUACAGUAAAGUAUCAAGCAAGCAUCUUUCUGUCAAGUGCCACUCAGAGUCCAGUCGCUCAGAAGACGUGUCAAGUGAGGGGGAGGAAGAGGAGGAUGACUCUUCCUCGCUGUCCAGAAGCUCGUUACGCUCGUGCUCCAGAGCUGAGCACAGCGCUCCUCCCUCCGACAGCUCGGCACCUGGAAGUCUCCUGAUCGAAGGGGCCAACUUCCUGUCCGCGACUCCGGCUCAGUGGAGCGUGGAAGAAGUCUGCAAGUUCAUCUCCUCGCUUCAAGGUUGCGAGGAGCUGGCGACCCAGUUUCUGUCGCAGGAAAUAGACGGACAGGCUCUGCUGCUGCUGAGAGAAGACCACCUAAUCUCCACCAUGAACAUUAAACUGGGUCCGGCUCUGAAGAUCUGUGCCUCAAUCAACAGUCUGCGCGAGUGAUGGCUGAGCCCUCAUUUCUGAUGCCUCACUUGGACUCGAUUGUGUGGAUGUUUUGAUUUACAAACAGUUGAUCCCUAUCAAUCUGAAGGUGCUUUUCAGACCACAUGAACCUUUUAAUCCAGUUCCUCGUCUUUGAUGUUUCUCUUGCUUUAGGGCAGGAGCUUUCUUAACAACCCAUGAGUGACAUAAAGGGAUGUGAUUGAUUCAGUUCAGAGGUUGCAUUGAUUGACUGAGCUACAGUCAGUUUGUUCUCAGUGCGUCCUAAAGCUCUUAGGGAACCUUGCUCGGUCCCAGAACGCCCACUGUUCCUUGCUGAACUAUUUCCCCCCCUUGAUUUUUUUCAUAUUUUGUCUCAUUGCAACCACAAACUUUGAGUCUUUUUCUGGGAUUUUACGUCAACCAACACAAAAUCAAACAAAAGAGUGGCGUGGAUUGGGAUUCAUGCUCCAUACAUCUACCUUUUGGUUGUUGGAGUAUGUCUCUACCUGCUUCAUCCUCUGUAGAGGACGUUGCCAUGGAGAUCCAUUUUUCUGCAGCUGCACAGUUCUGCUGUAAUGUGUGUUGGUCUAUCACCAUAGAUGGUUGUUGUCUUAACGUGACAAAAUGGGGAAAAACUUUAGGGGUGUAAUUACUUUUUUUUUCCCAAGGUGCUAGAUAGACAGUAUUUUUCUUUACUCUGAAUGUGCAGACUUAUACAUACUGGUAUGUGUAAGCCGUUGAUAUCAUGAACUGAAGUGUUCCUUUCAUAAGUGAUCGUCUUUUUCUUUGUCUGAAACUUGGUAUAUUGUAUGUAGACUCCUUGAAAACUCCAACUCUCACUGCCUGUCAGGUGUUCCUGCUUAAACAUCUCACUUCAAACAGUAUUU